AUGGGCCGCUACGAAGAAGACGAAGAAAGCGCCGGCAUGGAUGAGCGAGAACGACUAGUCCGGGACGAUCGAUCGGUUGCUUCUGGCGAAGUCGUAGUCGAGGGUCCACGACGGUACUUCGGUGGACUCUCUAGGCGGGCGUUUGGGAUUGCGUUAUUGUUGCUGGUGGUUACGUUAUGGGUCACCUCGAACUUUUUGGUUAGCCAUAUCUUUACAGACGACGCAUACGUUAAGCCAUACCUAGUGGUAUACCUUAGUACGUCGUCGUUUACGGUUUAUUUGAUUCCGUGGGGUCUCAAGGAGUUAUAUAGAAACCCCAAUGUGCGGAGAUGGUUGAGACUUAUGCCUCUAAGGGGUGGGAAGUCAAGGCUGGAUACGAGGUAUACGAGGUUGGAUGAUGAUGAAUACGACGACGAAGACGAAAUAGACGACGGCCCGGGUGAUGAUAAGUUGAGCACCAGGGAAACGAUGCGGUUGAGUGCUCAAUUCUGCCUGCUUUGGUUUGUGGCGAAUUGGUUCGCUGGCGCAUGUCUGGAAUAUACCAGCGUCGCGUCUACUACCAUUCUCUCUGCCACCUCUUCAAUCUUCACCUUAAUUUUUGGUGCUUUAUACCAGGUCGAACGGUUCUCAUGGGCCAAACUCGCUUCUAUCAUUGUUUCCCUGAGUGGCGUUGUCUUAAUCUCCAAGGCAGAUGCUUCAAAAGGUGAUGGAGCUUCUACGCCUGAAACCCCAAGUAAUACAACAAAGUCUCAUAGUGCUGCUCAAACUUUACUCGGGGACGGCAUGGCACUAUUUGGAGCCCUGGUCUACGGAUUGUACACCGUCCUACUCAAGGUCAGAAUUGGCCAUGAGAGCAGAGUCAGCAUGCAACUCUUCUUUGGGUUCGUGGGAUUGUUUAAUUUCAUAUGUCUCUGGCCUGGACUCGUAAUCUUACACUUUACCGGCUACGAGAAAUUCGAGCUUCCUCCAACGAACGGUGUCUAUUGGAUUCUCUUUAUCAACUGCUGCAUCACUGUCGUCUCAGACUUCUGCUGGGUCUUUGCGAUGAUGUAUACGACCCCUGUAAUCGUUACAGUCGGGUUAAGCUUGAGUAUCCCCAUGGCACUAUUCGGUGAUGUUCUCAUCUCCAGUUUGAAAUUGUCAUGGUCCUAUUGGAUCGGUGCCGGUCUUGUGUUCGGUGCAUUCUUUGUGGUCAACAAUAGCGUGAAGGAUGAUGAGUUGUUAGAGGUUUCGGGUGUCGCGGCGGCAGCGGGAGCAGGCUCAGCGGCUGUUAUGGAUCCCGAAGAGAGUGACGAGGAUCGACGACGGAGCAGGGUAUUCGAGAGGGAGGCAACUGUCUAUGGUGGAGGACGCAUUUUUUAA